AGGCUCCUGUCCUGCGCGCGCUCUGUGUCGUCUCGUGUUCAGACUCCAAUUCAGGUGAUUUAGUUCGAGUUUUCAGGAGUUUCAACUCACCUGAGAUGAAGUCAGGUGCAGUUUGGAGCUUCUCAAACCACUCUGGACUUUUACUCAGGGACGGAUUAGGAUUUUAAGGAGGAGUUGGAAACACCUGCUGCGGACUGAGUUUCUCUGCUUCAACUUUACCCCGAGGAGGAUGUUUUAACAACUAGAAGACAGAACGUUUUGCUUUUUUAUUUUGGAUUAAAGAUGAAGACGAUCAGGACUCGGGCUGAGGUUCUUACACUGUUUUUUAUAACUGUGGCAAGCGUUCAGGGCGACUUCGUGGAGCCUCCUGGGCCCGUCACGUCUCUCCGCUCCCUGACCGACUCUCCGAGCCGUUUGCCCUGUCAGUACAAGGUGGAGGGCGAGGCGAAGGUGGUGCAGGUCACCUGGAACAAGGAGCUCGCAGACGGCACCAAGGAACCGAUCAUCACGGCCCACUUCACCGAGGGACAAACGGCGUUUGGGCGUUACUCCAGCCGAGUCAAGUUCGAGAGCUCCGACCCCAUGGAGAACUCGGCUCUGCUCAUCGCCAGCACGCAGGAGUCCGACGAAGGCAGCUUCAUCUGCCACAUCUCCACCUUCCCCACCGGGAACUUUGAGAGACGCUUCGAGCUCACAGUCUGGACUCUCCCCAUCUCCUCCUUGGACCCCCUCCCGGUGGUGGCGGGUCAGCUGUACGGCGUGGUGGCCUCCUGUCGAGCCGUGGGGCGCCCGCUCCCCGAGCUCUCCUGGGACACCGAGCUGCCGGGCAAGUCCCUGAGCCGCACCAGCGAAGGCGGAGCCGUGUCCAUCCACUACUCCCUCCACCCGACGCGCAGCAUGAACGGGAAGCAGCUGGACUGCCUGGUGUCUCACCCCGGCCUGGAGAAACAACGCAGGAUCUCCAACAACCUGGUGGUCAAGUACCCCCCAGAUCCCACCAUCUCCUCUCCCUCUGGAAACUGGUACGCGGGUUUGGAGAAAGCUGAGCUCGUCUGCAACGGUCGGGGAUACCCCGAAUCUCAGGACAUCACCUGGAAAUGGAGAGGAGGAGCUCUGCCCAAAGGGGUGCACGUGAGUGGAGAGAAACUCGUUUUUGCCCGGGCCCUGAAUGGGAACGACAGUGGGGUCUACGAGUGUAAAGUCAAGAACCCUCUGGGAGAAGGAAAAGCCGAGUAUUUGUUAACAGUAUCAGGAGGAUCCCCCAAUGGAAACACGCUGCUGAUCAUUAUCGGCGCCGCAGCCGGAGCGGCGGUCAUGAUCCUGAUCGUUGUGGUCCUGAUGGUCAGACGCCGACACCAGAGGAAAACCAAAACUCUUAAGAUGCAGCUUCAGGAAAAAACCGAUGAAAUCAACAGCCUGUCGAGGCCGGGCUCCUUCAGGAGGCUGAACUCUGUCAGCACAGACCCCAGAAUGCAGAGUGAAGAAUACAUCCUGGUCAAAAUCGACAAGCGGACUUUAAACAGCCAAAUGUCUUUGGAGCGUCCCGUCUUCAAAGGCAGCCAGUCCACGAUGGGCGGGAAGUGGGGGUCCGGAGGAGUCGUGGAGCGGGAUGAAUAUGGCCGUCCCGUCGUCUGGCACGAGGACAGACAGAGCCUGAGAGCCGUCGACAUGGACGGAGAGAAGGAGGAGCGCAGGAGGAGGGUGGAGUCGUUCGUGAAGAGCAGCAACAUGUCGCUGGAUUCAGGUCUUCCAUCGUCACUGGUUCCCCUGAAGGCUCAGCAGGACGACUGCACCGGGCCCAGAGAACCGGACCUGGGCCACCUGCAGGAGGGAGGCCCCCCGCCUGGAGACGAGUGGAACCCGAUCCAGUGUGAACCGGACGGACAGGAGGACGACGAGAGCUGCAGCUCCUACCAGAUCUCCGAGGCUCUCAACAAUCAUUUUUACUACAGCAACGGGAUCCUGAGGCCGAGGCCGCACUCCAACGCAAUCCUGCUGCACCCCCAGUCCCAGAUCAUCUGAACCUCCGUCUCCUCCAGAACUUUUGAAGAAAUACUGUCUCCCUGCAGCGACAAACUUCUUAUUUGAAACCAGAUGUUUAUUUUUAAAACACACAAAGUGUGUCACAGAAAAGACAAAAACUGCACAUUUUUACUUCUUGGGACAUUUUAAACUGUUAUUUUCUAUAUUAACUAGAAAGUUUUUAAUUAUUUGGGGGGGUCUUUUUAUGCAUUUUUGGUUUGCUACGAGAGAAACGACAGCAAAGAUCCACGGUGGGAGGUUUAAAAACUCUAUGGUUUAAAAAUCUGAGGACUCUGAACAUUUUGCCUGUCUAAAAAUCAACGUGCACACUGUGAGUAAAACUUAUUAUCCCAGAAUAUAAAGGAAAACUAUUACUGUUGCAUAAACUUUACUGUCCUGAGUACUAAAUGUAAAGUGUUUUUGUUGAAGUACACUUGAAACCCGUUUUACAAGAAGUCCCACAAAUUCUGCGACGCCGGUAACGUUGAAACAAUUUAAGGAGGAAAAUGUGAAGAAAAAGGCUCCAAGUGUCGAUAUACUUUAGUUAGGAUGCUCAUUGUGGAUGAGAAUUUCUUAUGUGUGUGUAUAUAUUGUAUAUAGUCAAUAAACCAUAACAUUAUGACCACUUGCUCUACAUUGGCUGGGUUAAUACUAAUUGUUUUAAGAGCAGUUCUUUUAAUCAAUUGGGAUCAGACAAAGAAAACCUAGAGUGUCUUUUAAUGCAACAGUAACAUUAGAUUGUGUGGAUUAUUAUGGUAUGGGGUGUGUAGAUUUGGUUUGUCUCCCUCAGAUGACCUUAGACUGUGUUUUAACCACUCCUCAAUCUGUGAAGACUCCACUCCUGAGAAGAGCCUGGUCAGGUGUACCUGACAGGCCUGAAAACUUAAGCAGGUGGGAAAUAUUAAAUUAAAUUGUCAUUUUUUGAUGGGGCGCCACGUGAAACACAACUAUGACUGAGUGCAA